CCGCCUCCCCAUCCUUUCGCGGAACCAUCCAAUCCAAGGAGUGUGGAAGCAGGAAGAAGCUUAUGCUACCUAGCCUGCUGAUUGAUUAGCAGGGCAGAGUGGUCUUUAGUAGGAUUCGUAGAGAGUUUCUUUUUUGGGGGGAGGGUGAUUAGGGGUGUGUGGUUGAAGAUGCUGGCGGUGUUCAGCGGCGAGGUGGUGGAGGUGCCGGCGGAGCUGGUGGCGGCGGGCAGCCGGACGCCGUCGCCCAAGACGAGGGCGUCGGAGCUGGUGACCCGCUUCCUGGGGAGCUCGGAGCCGGCCGUGUCCAUGCAGCUCGCCGACCUCGGGCACCUGGCCUACUCCCACACCAACCAGGCCCUCCUCCGCCCAAGGUCGUUCGCGGCGAAGGACGAGAUCUUCUGCCUGUUCGAGGGCGUGCUGGACAACCUGGGGCGGCUGAGCCAGCAGUACGGGCUGUCCAAGGGAGCCAACGAGGUGGUCCUCGUCAUCGAGGCCUACAAGACGCUGCGGGACCGGGCGCCAUACCCGGCCAGCUUCAUGCUCUCGCAGCUCAUCGGCAGCUACGCCUUCGUGCUCUUCGACAAGUCCACCAGCUCCCUGCUCGUCGCAUCUGAUCCAGAGGGCAAGGUGCCGCUCUUCUGGGGGAUCACUGCUGAUGGCUGCGUCGCCUUCUCUGACGACAUUGACAUGCUCAAAGGAUCCUGUGGCAAGUCACUUGCACCUUUCCCACAAGGUUGCUUCUACUCUAACGCUCUUGGAGGCUUGAAGUGCUACGAGAACCCCAAGAACAAGGUGACUGCUGUUCCCGCAAACGAAGAAGAAAUCUGCGGCGCAACUUUCAAGGUGGAGGGUUCUACAGUCCUCACGUCGUUAGGAGGAAACCUUCGCGUCUGAUGAGGCGAGGACGGGAGGGCCAUGCAUGCAUGCAAAACCGUGUAUAUGGUGGCCGGUGUAACAUAAUGGCAAGGCGAGCAGCUGAUCUAUCCGUCUCAUCUUCCAUGAAAAAGAGGAGGCUAGAGAAGAAGUGCUGCCAGCGUGGGCAACAAGAACUUCGUCAGUGUUGUUGGUCGUGUGUGUUGUGUCUGCUGUGUGUACCCCUAGCUGUUCAACCUACAAUCCUACAUGGAAGAAGUUGAGAGUCGAGACCGGGUGCUAGUCGAUCCAGUUGCAUGCGUGGAUGGAGGUCUGCGAUCGAUCUGCGUAGCAAAUAAUCAAAGCUUCACUUACUUUCUCCA